AUGCUGCUGCUGCUGGCCAUCUCUGGGCUGUGCCUAGCUGUCCUGCCCUCGCUCUGCUCCCCCCUGGAGAGCGAGAUCGUGACCCCGCUCCGCUUAGACCCGGACAUCAAUGGCCGGCAAUAUUUCAAAAGGGGCCCGGAGGAGCCCAGCCCCCAGGGGGUGAUUUUCCAGAUCACCGCUUUCCAGGAGGAUUUCUACUUGAACCUGACUCCAGACGCGCAGUUCAUUGCGCCCGCCUUCGCCAUCCACUACCUGGGCGCAUCCCCCAGCGCGGCCAGGGAGCGCCCCGACCUCAGGCACUGCUUCUACUCCGGAGAUGUCAACUCCGACCGGGAAUCCUUCGCAGCCCUCAGCCUCUGCGGGGGGCUCCGGGGGGCUUUCGGGUACCGAGGGGCUGAAUAUCUCAUCAGCCCGCUCCGGAAUGACACCGGGAACGGGGCGCUGAGGAACAGCCAGGGGGAGCACCUCUUGCAGCGCAGGAGCGCGCCUAUCCAAGCCGGAGACCCCACCUCCAGGUGCGGCGUGGGCUCCAGCUUGAACCCGGCCAUCCUUCAAGCUCUGGAGAAAUACAAAGGCUCCCAGCAGCAGCGGAAGAAGCAGCUGAACGAGACCAGGCUGCCCAGGAAGAGCGGCCGCUCCAAGCGCUUCGUCUCCAUCCCCAGGUACGUGGAGACGCUGGUGGUGGCGGACGAGUCCAUGGUGAAGUUCCACGGGGCUGACUUGAAGCACUACCUGCUCACCCUCAUGGCCACGGCGGCCAGGCUCUACAAGCACCCCAGCAUCCUCAACCCCAUCAACAUCGCGGUGGUCAAGUUCCUGGUCAUCGGCCAGGAUGACAAGGGGCCCAAGGUCACCGGGAACGCGGCGCUCACCUUGCGGAACUUCUGCGCUUGGCAGAAGAAGUGGAACAAAGUGAGCGACAAGCACCCCGAGUACUGGGACACCGCCAUCCUCUUCACCAAGCAGGAUCUGUGUGGUGCCACCACCUGCGACACCCUGGGGAUGGCCGACGUUGGCACCAUGUGUGACCCCAAGCGCAGCUGCUCGGUCAUCGAGGACGACGGGCUGCCAUCCGCCUUCACCACGGCUCACGAGCUGGGACACGUGUUCAACAUGCCCCACGACAACGUGAAGGUCUGUGAGGAAGUCUUCGGCAGGCUGAAGACCAACCACAUGAUGUCACCCACCCUCAUACAGAUCGAUCGCGCCAACCCCUGGUCGGCCUGCAGUGCCGCCAUAAUCACCGACUUCCUGGACAGUGGGCACGGGGACUGCCUGCUGGAUCAGCCCAUCAAGCCCAUCUCGCUGCCGGAGGACCUCCCUGGGGCCAACUACAACCUCAACCAGCAGUGCGAGCUGGCCUUCGGCCUUGGGUCCAAACCCUGCCCCUACAUGCAAUACUGCACCAAGCUCUGGUGCACGGGGAAAGCCCGGGGUCAGAUUGUUUGCCAGACGCGCCACUUCCCCUGGGCCGACGGCACCAGCUGCGGGGAGGGGAGGUUCUGCCUGAAGGGCACGUGUGUCGAGAGGCAUAACAUCAGUAAGUACAGGGUGGAGGGCAGCUGGGGGAAGUGGACCCCAUACGGGCAGUGCUCUCGGACCUGCGGUGGGGGAGUCCAGCUAGCCAAGCGCGAGUGCAACAGCCCAGCGCCUGCCAAUGGAGGGAAGUACUGCGAAGGUGUCCGAGUCAAAUACCGCUCCUGUAACCUUGACCUUUGUUCUGAGUCAGGGCUAGGAAAGAGUUUCCGAGAGGAGCAGUGCGAGGCUUUCAACGGCUACAAUCACAGCACCAACCGGCUCACCGCCACCGUCUCUUGGGUCCCGAAGUACUCGGGAGUCUCGCCUCGGGACAAAUGCAAGCUCAUCUGCAGAGCUAAUGGCACCGGUUACUUCUACGUGUUGGCUCCUAAGGUUGUGGAUGGCACUCCCUGCGCGCCCGAAUCCACCUCGGUCUGCGUCCAGGGCAAAUGCAUCAAAGCGGGAUGCGACGGCAAGCUGGGCUCCAAGAAGAAGUUUGACAAGUGCAGCGUGUGUGGAGGAGACAACAAGAGCUGCAAGAAGGUCUCGGGCUUGUUCACCAAACCCAUGCACGGCUACAACUUUGUGGUGACCAUCCCAGCAGGAGCCUCCAGCAUUGACAUCAGGCAGCGGGGGUACAAGGGCCUCAUCAGCGACGAUAACUACCUAGCUCUGAAGAACGGCCAAGGCAAGUAUCUGCUGAACGGACACUUCAUCGUCUCAGCUGUGGAGAGGGACCUGAUGGUGAAGGGCAGCGUGCUGCGGUACAGUGGGACGGGCACGGCGGUGGAAAGCCUCCAGGCCUUCAAGCCCAUCCAGGAGCCGCUGACCGUGGAGGUGCUGUCAGUGGGGAAGAUGACUCCACCACGUGUGCGCUACUCCUUCUACCUGCCCAAGGAGAGCAAAGACGACAAGUCCUCUUAUCGGAAAGACGGGAAAAGCCCACCUGUGCUCAACAACCACGUCCUGAGCAUGUCCAACCGCUUGGAUCCGGGCAGGCCGAAUUACAAACGUGUGUCCUACAAGUGGGCAGCCAGUGGUUGGGAGGCCUGUUCCGUCUCCUGCGGCAACGGGCUGCAGAAGCGCUCCGUACACUGUCGCGACUCCUACGGCCAACUGGCCUCCGUGUGCGAUGCUGCCCAGCGGCCCAUCGAUGUCAGGAUAUGCGGCGACCCCUGCCCCACGUGGGAGGUGAGCCCCUGGUCCCCCUGCUCCAAAACCUGCGGCCGGGGCUUCAAGAGGCGCAUGUUGAAAUGCACGGCACGGGCCGGCCAGCUCUUGCCUCGGGAUCGCUGCAACCUCAGGAAGAAGCCUCAGGAGCUGGACUUCUGCACCCUGAGGCCGUGCUGA